GCUGUAAACAAAAUAUCGGGAGGGGUUUAAGUAAGACCCAGAUAACGUUCCUGGACUGUUGCUCCGGCUCCGGGGCCUGUGGGGCUGAGGACCGAGUGCUGCUCCCCUUGCCCCCCACAGGCAGAGAGACGAGCUGUGAGGGCACCCUGCGGGCCGUGGACCCCCCCGUGAGGCACCACAGUUACGGGCGCCACGAGGGAGCCUGGAUGAAGGACCCUGCUGCGAAAGACGACAGGAUCUACGUCACCAACUACUACUACGGGAACAGCCUGGUGGAGUUCCGCAAUCUGGAAAACUUCAAGCAAGGCCGCUGGAGUAACAUGUACAAGCUGCCGUACAGCUGGAUCGGCACGGGCCACGUGGUGUUCCAGGGCGCCUUCUACUACAACCGCGCCUUCACCAAGAACAUCAUCAAGUACGACCUGCGGCAGCGCUUCGUGGCCUCCUGGGCGCUGCUGCCCGACGUGGUCUACGAGGACACGACGCCCUGGAAGUGGCGCGGCCACUCGGACAUCGACUUCGCCGUGGACGAGAGCGGCCUGUGGGUCAUCUACCCCGCCGCGGAUGACCAGGACGAGGCCCAGCCCGAGGUGAUUGUGCUGAGCCGCCUGGACCCCGGCGACCUGUCCAUGCACCGGGAGACCACGUGGAGGACGCGGCUGCGGCGGAACUCCUACGGGAACUGCUUCUUGGUGUGCGGCAUCCUGUACGCCGUGGACACGUACAACCAGAAGGAAGGCCAGGUGGCCUACGCCUUCGACACGCACACAGGCACUGACGCCCGGCCGCAGCUGCCCUUCCUCAACGAGCACGCCUUCACCACCCAGAUCGACUACAACCCCAAGGAGCGCAUGCUGUACGCCUGGGACAACGGCCACCAGCUCACCUAUACCCUCCACUUCGUGGUCUGAGCCGGGACCGGUGCUCACAGGAGAGGAGUGGCCGUGGGCGUGGCUCCCCCACAGCAACUCCUGCAGGGGGCUCCGUCAGCACAUAUUUAUGGGGGUCCAGGCCCGGGGCAGGUGCUAGGCACGUGGCGCAGCCAGGAUAAAGCUUCCUUGGCACCCAGUGGAUUAAUAAUCCCUUCCACUUGCAGAGCACCAUGCCAAGAGCUUCACAUGCACAAACCCACUCAGUCCUCCCAGUAGCACCCCCGGAGGUAGGGAUAAUUAAGCCCAUUUAACAGAUGAGGACACUGAGGCCCAGAGAGACCAUGUCCCUUGCCUGAAUAGCCUCAGUUUGGAUCAGGCAGGCCGUGCCGUCACAACAGCCCCGUUUUACAGAUGAGGAGACCUGACUGUGCUCACCUUCACCUCCAGGCCUCUCCCUACUCCUCUAGAUUCUCUUGUUCUCUCAACUCUGUCUCCCUUACCCCCGGGGCCACUCAAAAGCAGAGGCCUCGGGAAUCUCUGCACUAUGUGGCAUGCUGCGUCCCACCCCCGGCCCCCGUUCUGGCCGAACUGUUGGUGGCCCUGGGCUUCAGGCCCCUGGCUAAUGUUCCUGCUCCUUGCCUUUGGCCACCCCCCACCCCCCCUCACCCUCUGUCCAACCACAUUCCAAACCUCCAUGGUCACCCAGCCACUGAGCAGAAACCGCACCCCGAGGAAAAAUACCAGCCCCUGUUCCAAGUUCCCCUCCCUCUGUAUUCAUGUUUAUUUUCUCUUAUUCCUCCUCAGUGCUGUCAUUUGUUUCUGCAGCAGCAGCUGAGAAGGCCGCCGGCAGCUGCCUGCCAGACCCGACUCUACCAGGGUGGGGAGCUGGGCCAGGCCCUGAGGCCCCCUCUCCACCCAGAAGUGCCGGCUUUGGCUACAUACCUAGGCCAUGGGACCUGUCCUCAGCCCCUCCCAGAGCCCUGGGGCCUGGGGUCCAUGUUGUCCUUUCUCUCUGGACCUUUGAACCCACAGCUUAGAUGUACUCAGGGAUACCUUCAGGUCUGCUGUGAGCAAGACCCUGGACAGGGCUGGGGUGGUGCCAGGAUGAAACAGAUUCCCUCUUCCUUGUCAGUCCUGACCCGGUCAUUUGGUGGAAUGACCCAGCAGAUUUUUUGUGGUUUAUUUUGGGGGGGGGGCGCUGGAGGGGGGUCGAGAUCUGAGCAGUUGGGUCCAGGGGAGGCAUUGGACCUAAUGGUUGCAGGGAGGUGCUAGAGGAUGGAAGCUGGGAAGGAAGGAGAAGGCAGUGUGUGGACCAGGCUUUUCCAGGCUUCAGAGUUAUUGGUGCCAGGACCACCCUGAACCUGGGCCUUGGGGCUGAGGAUGCACAGGUGGGCCGUCUCUCCUGGUGCUGCUGGUGACCCCCGCUGAGCCUCAGACCCAGGCAGCCCAUAGGACAUAGACCUUAAAGCCUUCCCCUCAUCUGCUUUGGGUAGUAUUUUCAGAGCUAGGAAGUUCACCAGUCUAACUCCCUGUUUCACCAAAGGAGAAAGAAGCCCCCAGAGAGGUUUAGAGAGUAGUUUGGGGCCAUGCUGGGGAACAGGACACAGCUGAUCUUCCAGAAGGGCUUUGUCUACUUCCUUUAUUCUUCCAGCUUAGAGGCAGCUCUGCCUGGGAAGGCCAUAGACUCCCAAGGACCCAAUCCAUCCCAACACCUUUGAGAGUAUUUACUGCUGAUCCCUACACCACCCCUGACCCUGCUCUCCUCAUCUGUCCCCAUGCCAACUCCUGCAUAUCUGUAUAUUUGGACACCCAGCUGCAUACCCAAGAGUGUAAGGAAAAGCAUUUUGUGCAGAAGACGUCUCUUUCGGGCAUGGUCAGGUGAUGUUUUGUUUAAGCUGUAACUCACCCCUGAAAUGGAGGGGAAUGAGGAUAGCCAGCCAAGCAAGGCCUGACUCAUAGUGGUGGACACAUCCAGCCUCCCCCACCCAACCGUCGGCGGGCUCCACCGAACAGUCUCUUCAGGGGGCUGCAUUUCCCUUGGCCCUGGGUGUGGGUUUUACAAGAUUGUGUCUUUCAUGAUAUCACAGCCUAACCAUGUGAGAAGUGUUCAGACUCCUCUUGCUCAGUAGUUGAGAAAAAGGAAAGUUAGAAAGGAUGGGAUUUGGGAAAAUGGAAGGACAAGCAAAAUUGUUUUGGGGGGGGCGGUGAUGCAGGCUGCAGCCUCCAAACCUUCAGUAAGCCCCUUCUGUUUUCAGGCCUUAGUGUGUGGGGUUUUGUGGUAGAUAGUUAUUUUCCUCACUUUACAGAUAGUCAAACUGGAGCCCAGACGUGGGUCACUUGUCAUGAAAGCAGUUAAAUGGGGAGCCAGGUCUCAAAAUCAGGUCAUCUAAGCAUCACCACUGACUGAGCAUCAAGUGGGCCAAGCAUGCCGGGUGCAUAUUCUUGCUUCAUCACAACAGGGAAGGUCUAUACUUGGAAUGUGCCCAUUUUAUAGAUGAAGAAACUGAGGUGAAGGGACUUACCCAAGGUCACACCGUGGCUUAGUCUGUGGCAGAUCGGGGUUUCAGGGCUGGUCAGUCCAUGUUGUUUGCCAACUGCAUGGCACUCCAAGGGCAGCUCCAGAAGUGUCACCAGGCCACAAGCUGUAUCCAGAAAGGACACCCAAGGAGGAAGUUGGGGUCAGCCUGUAAAGAGCCUUGAAUGCCAAGCCAAAGACUGCCUCCAAUCACAUUUGGAACAAAGUCAAGUAUAAAUUAACAGAGAAAAGAAAAUUCUAAGACAAUUGGAAUUGAUUCCAUUGCUCAUGGGAGGCAGGGACGGGUUUCUGUCGUGGACUUUAUUGCAUUUGGCCACAGGUACUUCGAAUAAGAAAGGACCUGGACUGGGGAGGACCAGCGUUUCUUACUGACCUUGGAUGUGAAGGCAAAGGAAGCUGUCUCUGGUGUUCUGAACACAUGAAGGGGCUUUGGCUGCUGCCUUGGAUUCCCCCUAGAGAUUUCUAGGCCUUGACAUUUAAUUUGCUCUGUCUGCGGAGGAGAGAAGGGGGCCUCUGCCUUGGAGGCAGCCCAAAAAGUGAGGCUGGGGUUUUCCUGGGAAUCAUUUGAGUGUUCCUGAAAGCCUCUGUGUUCCAAAGCGUCAUGUUCUCCUUGACAGCAUUGGAAACCACUCUGAUGACAGGAGAACACAGCACCGGAUGGUUGUCAGACAGCCUGGGUAGGAGUUAGGGAGGCCUGUUGGGAUCUGGCUCAGCCUCUUCCAUACUGCAUGCUUGGGCAGGGUAGGGACUGACAGAGGAGACAGAUGUCAACUCCCUUUUAUGGCUGAAGACCUACAGCUUAGGGAGGACUAAGGGCAGCUGAGGACCCAAGCAGCACCCUCCCAGAGCUAGAAGGCACCUGGACACACAUUCUCACUGAUGCACCCAGGAACCCCCAAGGUUGGCAUUGCUUUCCCCCCUGACAGGUGAUGAACCUCAAGUUCAGGGAAGUUAAGCAACCUGCUCAGGGUCCUGAAUCUAGCAAGUAGUAGAGUCAAGAUUUGAACCAGGUGUGUGUCUAUACCAAAGCCCCAAACUCACUGUUAUUAGAAAUCUUGUGACAGUCGUGUUUUCUCUUUUGCUUUGGCCGCUAGGAACCUCAAAGUCAAAUUUGAGAUUACUUCUAACAAUUGUACUGAGUCACCAACUGGACUCUGACUUCAUUCUAGCUUUCUGCUUUAACCUUUACCCAGAUCUGUUUAUUUUUACUCCAUUGUAUUUUAUCUAUGUUUGUAAGUUGCCACAAUACCUUUUUUGCAACAAGGUGGCAUAUACCUAAAUAAAUACAUGAUCAAAUUUCCAUUUGAAA